GGCUUCUUUUCAUGGAAAGCGGACACAUCAGCAGUGGCCGACCCAUCGUCACGUCUCCGACGACACUCAAUCCCUUCACUCUCACCAUCCACUGAUCCCGAUCCAAAUCCUCACAGUGGUGACGAUACCAUUCGCAUGCAUGAACACGUGCCUCGACAACAAGAAUUUUCUCAGGCUUGUGCAAAACUGGAUUGCCGCCACUGUGGUGUCGGCCAUCAACGCCACGCGCACACCACAAACAGAGGGGCAUCUCUAAAGCAAAACGCCAAAACCCCAAAAGCCAAAGAUUCGCCGUCAUCUUCAUCGCCACCCACCUUGUCUGCUGAGUCAGAUUGGAUAGAGUCACACUUUUUAUCCACCACCUCAGAUGCAGGAGCAGAUGGAGCAGGAGGAGGAGGAGAAGGCAGAGGAGGAGGAGGUGAAGGAGAAGGCAGACGAGGAGGAGAAGGUAGAGGACGAGCCAGAGGAGAAGGAGGGGCAGGAGGAGGAGGAAGGGGAGAAGGAGAACGGCGAGCAGCAUCAGUGUUUAUAAGAUCCCCGACCUUCUCUUGCCUCUUUGAUCCGAUGCCUCUGCAAUCUUCUUCCUUGGCAUGCAGAAAAGAUGUGGACAUUAGAACUGUGGGUAGGAGGAGGAGGAGGAGGAGGAGGAUUUGCUGCGAUUCUAAAAAUAGACUUCUGGUGGGCCCUUUUGUUGUCAACAAAAAGUCUCUGCGAGGCAGACAUUAUCAUACCAGGUACAACCUCAGGGGGAAGCUGUCAUCAUCAUCAUCAUCAUCAACAGCAGCCCAAUCACCAAACUCGAAGUCUACGGAAUGCGAUGAUACUGUGGUUACUACACCUGCAGAGAACAACAAAGGGAUGGGAGGAGGAGGAGGAGGGACAUAUGUUGCUCCCGGCAAGCAGCCAGUGAGAGGAAGUGAGACGUGUGUGAAAAAAGCGAUGAGACAAUCCCUUUCCUUGACAAAGAGUUGCUGUAAAGGGAAAGAAAAUCAUAGUAAUACACUGACAAUCUCCGCAGGAAGAGUGCGACCGGUAGCACGAGGAGUCGUACAGGUACCGACCCGAGAAGUACUGGUACCGCGCCAGGAGGUACCUGUAGCGAGUCGAGACGUACUGGUGGCGAGCCAAGAGGCACCGGUAGUGAGUCGAGAGGCACCAGUAGCGAGACAAGAAGAUCGUGUGGUCUGCAAGAAGGCACAUGGGCAGAGAGAAAAAGGUACAAGCGUUGAUUUUAAAUUGGUGUCAACAAGCGAGGAGUACCAGGCUCUUGAUGAAGACAGAGCGCCUCACAAAAGGGACGAAGUCGACAAAAGCGAGGAGUACCAGGCUCUUGAUGAACCAGAGGGUGGGGCCAUGUGUGGGAGCGGAGGGACUCACAAAAGAGAUUACUACAACAAACAGCAGCGGGCAGAACGUGCUCGUCGACUGCUUGGGCCUUCGAGGACAACAUGGACGGCAAGGAAAAGGACUAGUCGGAGUAGGGGUCGGAGUCGAAGUCGGAGUUGGAGUAGGAGGGGGACGGGAAGGAGGAGGAGGAGGGAGGGUGCUGGUGAAUCUUCAGAAUCGGAUCUGAUUUCGAUCUCCACAGUCGAGACUGGAUGGUCAUGUGAUCCGUGGGCUGACCUUCAAUCAGAAUCGGGAUCGAUAUCGGGAUGGUCAUCUGAAGUGUGCUUGAAGAGUGACAUGCGCGGGAAAGGACAUCCGGAGUCUAAGACGGAUGUGGUGGAAGGAAGGAGACAUGUGGCAGCUUCUCCAGGCAAGGUGUUCCUGAGUAAGCCACGUGUCAGGUCUGCAAAGGCUCGGUUGAACUCGGUGAACUCUUCCUCGCGACAGGGAGAACUGGAGUCUUGUCGGGGUAGGAGAGAGGGAAGAAGCCCCAAUAGAUUGGCCAUUCGCCAGCAAAGCCAGUCGAUAGAGCGCAGAUGUGAACACUCUGACACUGAAAGGCUUACUCAAGAUUGCUUUCCGACGUCUUCUUCACCUGCCAAACACCGGUUUGUGUCCUCUAAGAUAGAUUGUCAAGGGAAAAGCAGCAGCUAUGUUCAAAGAGGAGUAGCCUCUACACAAGUACCUGAAUAUCAUUAUAUGGAGAGAGAAGGGAGAGUGAGCAGACUCAAAAAGGAACGACGACCGAUGAUCUUCCCUGGCCAGCUGAGGGGGCUGCUGUCAAGAAAGACCUGCAAAGGGUCGUCUUUAUCUUCUUCAGAAACUGAGAAUAGCGAGAAAUACCCUUUUGACUCUUUGCAAGCCUUUGUCGACAGCUACUGCCCCCGAGCAGUGAAAAGAAGAAACCCUUGUUCGACUCCCUCUUCAACCGAGAGGAGGAGAGGGAGAAGUCCUCUGAGAAAAGAGAGCACAAGCAGCUGGCGAUGGAGAGGUAACAGGUGUGAGAAUGAUCCUCGGGAUUCUUUUGAGUCCGUACAGACUGCAAAGACAGGAUAUGGUGCUUGCUCGAGGACCGGACGAUCUCCUUCACGGAAUCUGUCGACAGGAGGAGGAGGAGGAGGAGGAGGAGGAGGAGGAGGAGGAGGAGGGUUGCAAAACCCACGCUCACCACUCGAUAAGACGUCUUCAGCGUACAGGUUAGCAAAACUUCAGAAAGUCAAAUGCAUCCCUUCUUCUUCUUCUUCUUCCCGCCCUCCUCCUCCUCCUCCCUCCUCGUCCUCUUUGUCUUCUUUUUCUUUUUCUUCUUCUUCUUCUUCUCCUUGUGGUGCUGCGGCGGCUGCCACUGCUGCUGAUGAUGGUGAGGAGCAGGAGGAGGAGGAGGACAAGGAGGAUAUUGCUGCUGCAUCAAUGUCAGCUGGCUUUUCGUCCGGGUCUUCAUGGGCUGUCUUUCCAUCUGGAAGGUGUUGUGCUGGAGGAAGUGGGAACGGAAUGCCCUCUGAGGUCGCGGCAUCCGCUAACGGCGCCAAGUUUACAACUGUUUUGAAUUCCUCAAUGGCAGAGAAGGCUGAUAACACCACCUCUGACGAGUUCGUCGAGAUGCCGACAUUUCAGCGAGAAAGCGGAGAACUUUCAAAGGUUUCAGGGAAGAUGUUGAGAGGAGCUUCACAUCCUCCUUGCCGAGAAAGGGGACAGUUUGCACAUGGUUCGCAAUCUCAUUUCAAAGGAGGAGGUCUAAGGGAAGACUUUGACAGAGGUUUGGCAUCCUCGUCGCCGAGACAACGAUUGGCGGAAAGGUUGUUGUCAACGUUUACUUCGCAACACCUCCCUUCGUCCUCAACCAAUGGGAGCAGAGGCACGUGCUCUGAAGAUGUCUUGCUUGAGAGGAAGGUCGGUGCGACGACUCCUCGAAGACGAAGAAGAGGAAAUGGAAAACACCCAAUGUCUCCUCGAAGCAGAGAAUGUGGAAGGCGUCCAGGUUCUCCUCCCACCAGAAGAACAGGAAGUGGGAGAAUUCCAGCUUCUCCUCCGAGUCAAAGAAGAGGAAGUGGAAAAUAGGCAGUUUCUUCCCCAAGGAGUGGAAAAUAUCCAGUUUUUUUCCCUCCAAAAAGAAGUGGAAAAUCUGCAGUUUCUUGUGCAAGAAACGGAAGUGGAAAAUGCCCAGCUUCUCCUCCGAGUCGAAGAAGAGGUGGCCGAAAAUAGCCAGUGUCAAAGAAGAGGGAAGUGGAACAUAUCCACUUUUUUCCCUGAAAGCUAAGCUAUAUUCUUCUCUUCUCUCAAUUUCACCUUUCAGUACCAACCUACCACCCCUCCUAAGCCUAUACAAGGGACCCCUGCAAGCAUAGUUUGCCUCUCCCAAUCG